UCGGUUAAAAUGAACAACCGAACAUCGAGCUCAACAAACACGCAAAAGAUUAAUUACGCACAAGCUGCUGCGCAGCCAAAAUCGAAACAACAAACCGCUGCCACUACACCUUCUAAUAAUUCUACUUCAUCCGUUAACGGAAAAUCUUCUACUUCACAUCAAAAGCCACAGCCACCACACAACUCGGUAAUUGGCAACGGUAACGCUAACACUAACGCUGGGCGAUCUGCGCCUACGAUCAAAGCUAUUCAACAAAAAAAUCCAGUACAAUUACCAACAAAGGGGCAACCUCGAGAAAAUAAUGGCAUUGCAAUUCAAUUUGGAUCAUUAAAUCAGCCCUCUGCUCUUCCUUUGUCUACCUCUCCGGUAAAUAAUUCUAUUCCUGUAAAGAGUGGGGGCGCUCUUCCUCCGACAGUACCGGAAAUCAAAACGGUGUUUGGAUCAUUACCUGCACGAGGUGCUUCCGAAGAAUUGGUGCAACCGACGCCGACACCACCAGCUGUUGUUCCUAGUGGCCCUGGUGCUUUUACUACUACAACAACACCAAGGCCUGUAGCUGCACGUAUAAAUGAAAUUCCUCGAACACAAUCUGCUCCUCCGCAGCUUAAUCUCCAAGAUUCAAAUAACGUAAAAAAUGUAGGUCAACCAUCAGGUCAUCAGUCGUCUAAUAUAACGUCUCGUACUCAACCAGAUUCUGUGUCUUCAACAGUAUCAUCCAACGAUG